AUGCUUGCCUGUUCGUUUGACGUGUCUGCGUCGAAUGUUGUAGGCUUGUUGUGCGCCUUUGGAUCAGCCCUUGUCUUUGUGAGCUCCAAUAUCUUCUUCAAAAAGAUAAUGCCCUCCAAUUCUGGGGCGACAUCUUCAAUGUCGUCACAUAAACUCGACAAAAUGAACCUCCUCCUGUACUCCUCCAGUAUGGCGUUUAUCUUAAUGAUCCCCAUCUGGGUAUACUACGACCUCCCCCUGUUUAUCAAUGGCACCGCCCAGGUCGUCCUUCCAAAAGGCCGCGCACCACCCGCUCAUUCAGUGAUCUACUAUUUCGUGAUGAACGGGACUGUCCACUACGCCCAAAAUAUCAUUGCCUUUGUAAUUCUUUCCUCAACAUCACCAGUCACUUAUUCCAUCGCGUCCCUUAUCAAGCGCGUUGCCGUCAUUUGUAUCGCUAUAAUCUGGUUCAAUCAAACCGUUCAUCCUGUGCAAGCUUUUGGAAUCGCCAUGACAUUCACUGGUUUGUACAUGUACAACAAUGCCAAGGGUGAUGUCGAAAAAGGAGAAAAGAAAUUGAGGAGACUAGAGGCUACAAAAGAUAUGAUGUUGCCUUCUACCAAAGAAGAUGUUAAAAUGUUGUCUGGAGCGGAAACACCCCCCUCGGAAACUCUCUCCGAAUACCUAUCGUCAGAGUCUCAGGGUAUGGGCUCGGGAACAAUUUAUGGACGGCCUCGACAAGUGUCAUUAUCAGCGGCCUUGGGUCACCAGAUAUAUUCUCAACAGCAUCAUCGACCUAUUACUACCACGUCCCUACACAUCAAGACAUCUGAAGCUGUCUCUGGGAAGGAAACAAUUGGUUCCCCUGUAGAUUUGUAUCCUUCUCCCCCUCCAUCAAACGAUUCUCCCCCGACAAAUACAAUACCUUUGCCAACACACAUCCAUAUGUACAUGGUUUAUUGCGAUGCACCACAGAAGGCUCUCGCAAAACUGUCGAAGUCCCAAAAGCUUCUCGACAACGGGCACGCCGACACCCUCCGCCAACCUCAAGAAGAUUUCAGCACAGCCCGUGGACCCAAAAAGCACUUGAAGCGCUUGAGCGCUCCCUCGUCAUGGAUGUUGGACAAGUUGAGCGGAACUUAUGCCCCUCGCCCCUCCCCUGGACCCCACAAGCUCCGCGAAUCCCUUCCCCUCACCAUUUUCCUCCGCAAUAGGCUAAAGUACGCCUUGACUGGCCGUGAAGUUACAUCAAUUGUCAAGCAACGCUUGAUCAAAAUCGAUGGAAAGGUCCGCACCGAUCCUACUUACCCUGCUGGAUUCAUGGAUGUUAUUUCCAUUGAGAAAUCUGGUGAACACUUCCGUCUCCUCUAUGAUGUCAAGGGCCGUUUCACCAUCCACCGUAUCACCCCCGAGGAAGCUACCUACAAGCUCCUUAAAGUCCGUCGCGUUGCCCUCGGUAAUGGUGGUGUUCCCCACGUUGUAACUCACGACGGACGCACCAUUCGCUACCCCGACCCUCAUAUCCGUGCCAACGAUACCGUCAAGUAUGAUAUCGCUCAAGGAAAAAUCACAGACUACGUCAAGUUCGACACUGGCAACAUCGUCAUGAUCACUGGCGGACGUAACAUGGGCAGAGCUGGUGUCAUUGUGCACAGGGAAAAGCACAUUGGAGGAUUCGAUAUUGUCCACGUCAAGGACUCCCUUGACAGGACUUUCGCAACUCGUGUCACUAACAUUUUUGUCAUUGGUGAGGGUAUCAAGCCCUGGAUAUCGCUGCCGAAGGGCAAGGGUACCAAGCUUACCAUCUCUGAGGAGCGUGAUGUCAGGAGGAAGCGCGCCGAGUAA